AAAGAGCAGGCGGAGUUUAUUUGUUGCGUGUUACGGAAGAGGCUGGCGUUUGGUUGUCAGAUUCACUCAGAGCAGGCCGGUAAAGCGGUUUUCUAAAAACAGUAAGCUCCGAUAAGCGAUUGCUUUCUUUGACGCACAACGGCCUUGCUUUAAGUUUUACAUUUACGACAAGAUUAAAAAAAAAAAAAAAAAGGAGUCAGAUGGAAAUCCAAAAGGGCUCGAGAGUCGAAAACUCUGCUGGAGAUGUUUUCAAAACCCCGGAGAAAAAGGUUUCCAACGUAAUAGCAGGGCCGAGCUGUUACUGGUAUGACUGGGGAGUCGAAGAAGUCUGCGGCUAUCUGCAGCAAAUAGGGUACGGGGAGUGGCAGCAGCGAUUCAGAGAUGAACAGAUUACAGGAGUGAGACUGAUCAACCUUACAGAGUCUCAACUGGAGAAAAUGGGAAUUUGCCUGCUUGGGGUCCAGUUGGAACUUCUGUCCUACUUUAGGAAGCUGUGGUUGUGCUCGUCCGUUGAAAACAGAAAGAUAUUCAAUGAUCCCAUCCACGGGCACAUUGAGCUGCACCCCCUGCUGGUUCAUAUAAUAGACACCCCUCAGUUCCAGCGGCUGCACUACAUCAAGCAGCUCGGGGGAGCCUUCUUCGUGUUUCCUGGGGCUUCCCACAACCGGUUUGAGCACUCCAUUGGGUACGGGCUGAGUGCAGGGCCGCCAAACUAAAGCCCGAACAUUUAGCGUACAUUUUCAGAGACUUUAGAUGGUCUUUAUCAAAGUUAUGCUCUUGUGUCUGACAGGAUCUUGGAGUUGUUAGUGCCUCCCUCUGUGCAGUAUAAU